AUGGCUCCUCUACAAGUUGGCGACAAGCUCCCCGAGGGCGUCAAGUUCGAAUGGGCGCCCAUCACCGACGCCGACCCCACCGCCUGCGGCCGUCCCCAAGAAUAUGAUGCCAGCAAGGAGUGGGCAGACAAGAAGGUCGUCCUCUUCUCCGUUCCCGGUGCCUUCACCCCAGGAUGCCAGGCCUACCAUCUCCCUCCCUACAUCGCAAAGGCCAAGGAGUUCAAGGACAAGGGUGUUGAUGUCAUUGCUACCAUUGCGAGCAACGACGCCUGGGUUAUGAACGCAUGGGGCAAGGUCAACGGCGUCAAGGGCGACGAGGUCCUCUUCCUCAGCGACACCAAGACCUUCUUCUCCAAGGAACACGGUUGGCCUGCGGGCAUGGGCGACCGCAACGGUCGCUGGGCUAUGGUCUUCGACCAUGGCAAGGUCAUCUAUGCCGAGAACGAGAAGAGCCCUGGUGAGGUCUCGGUCUCCGGUGCCGACGCUGUCCUGGCCAAGUUGUGA